UCUAGUUUGCUUCAUAGAUUUCAUAGACAAACAGUGGUGUUACGUUCAUUAGUGAAUUGUACUUGAGAAUACUCUUAAGUGGUUGGAAUACAUAGUAUUGUGUAGAAUUAUUGUGUAAUAUAUUAAAAGGUGGAAUUCCAAUGUUUUAAUCUUACUACUCCAGACUUUCAUACUACAAUCUAAUAUGAAACCAUAUCGAAUUUUACUGCUUCUGAGCAGUUUAUUGGUAUUUACCUAUGCGGACAAUACUACACAGGAGCCAACUACAACCGCACCACCCAUAUGUGAAACAUGUACCUGCAAAAAUGAUACAAAAACUCUCGAUUGUUCCAAUAAAGAAAUGAAAACGUGGUUAACGCAGGCUGAAUGGGCUCAAGUCAACAAUACAUUUGAAAUUUUGCGAUUUGAUCAUAAUGAUUUCGAAACAGUUGAUGUGUUUCCUAUUCUUAAUGUGAAACAACUGAUUUUGAGUCACAAUCAAAUCGUUAAGAUUGCAGUUGGAGCAUUCAAAAAUCUACAACAGCUUGUUAGCUUGGAUCUAUCUUAUAAUAAUUUAACAUCACAAAAUUUGAGACCGGAAGCCUUUGAAGGACGCUAUAGCCCUGAAAACUAUGAACCAAUACCAAACCUUGCCGAACUGAAUUUGGCGCACAAUAAUUUACACACAUUGGAUCAGGAUUUGUUUGAACAUUUCCCAGCACUGGAGAAACUGAUCCUGAAUAAUAAUGUGUUCAAGCUUAUCGAUCACCAAACCACCAUUGCGAUUUCAAACAUUUUCGAUUUGAAGCACUUAGAUAUGAGUUAUACCGAGCUUCGUGAUAUUCCGGAAUAUAUUUUCCAUGCACCUCGUUCACUUCAGGUUUUAGACUUGAGAGGAAAUUUGUUCAAGACAAUUCCAGCGGCAUUGACACAUGCAAUUAAUCUGACGCAAUUAUAUUUAGAUGAAAAUCCAUUCGAAGAUUUCGGAGGUGAUAACGUUUUCCCAUUCCUCCUAAAUCUGAAAAAUCUGACUUUAACAGAAAUUGAAACCUUGAAAAAAAUUGGAAAAGGAACAUUUAGCGGUCUUGUUGCUUUGAAGGAACUACAUAUUGAAGGUUGUCUUCACUUGGCUGAAAUUGAUCCGCAGGCCCUUUGUCUCCCUGGCUCAGAUGGUAGACCCAGUUACCCACCAAUUGAGAAGCUUAAUUUACGACGAAAUAAUUUGUCAUCUUUGGACCAUGGUUUAUUAGCUCGUUGGGAUCAGGUCAAACUCGAAGUCAGCCAAAACGCUUGGGAUUGUCAGUGCGAAAAUGAAUGGUUAAUCCAUGACUUAUACCCACAAAUUCGUCAAGAUAAUGAAAAAGCAGCUUUAGAAAUGCAAUGCGCCACACCAUCGUAUCUGAAGGGAAUACCGUUUGAAAAGGUCUAUCAGGACAAAAAUUUCCUUAGAUGUCCUGACGCGAAUGGAAAUCAUCCAGAAAAUGACGGCAAACUAUUGAUGGGAUUGUUAAUCGGAUUGCUGAUCGGUAUCCCACUGGCAAUGGGAUUCGUCCUGAUCUACAAACGAGGAUGCUUCGGACUGUUUGGUUCAUACAAUUAUGAACAUAGUCGAGCCCUAUAUAAACGCGCAAGCUUUAAUGAAGACUAUUGAAUUUAAUGUGGAUAACAUUAGAUUUGUUUAGUUGUGACAUUUUUUUCCGCGUAAACGUUGAUGACAUUUUGUUUUUUUAUAUUUGUGUGUACUUGUAUACGUUGUAAAUAUAUUUGAUGCUUUAUAUUUUAAAAUAAAUACUAGAUUAUAGCCUUAAGAUAAA